AUGGGCCGGCGGAGUGGAGCAAGACCCAGGGCGGGCCGUGGAACCCGGGAGCAGGUCAAGGAAGCGAUCCUUGACCAGUUGGGCAUUUCCCCAGAGACAUAUAGACAGAGGUUUCGGGCGGCCAAGUACGUAUCAGGGGAGCGACCCCGGGUGGUCGCCCAAUGGAUUCGGGAAGCCGGGCUACGAUGGCUGGAACCCUCCACCAAAACCGCGGCUCAGGUGGCCAACCUGGUGGUACUUGAACAGUAUCUGCAAGUGCUACCUGCAGAGGACCGACAAUGGGUGCGCCGGCAUUUACCCGGAACCCUGGAAGAAACCGUGACGCUCAUGGAGCACUUCCUGGUGGCAGAAGCACCAGAAGACCGCGUCAAGGUAGGGCCGGGUACUAACCCGGUGGGUCGGGGAGGUCCUAGCCCCAGAGGGAAGGAAGGGCAAGACAGUACGGGGCCAGGGGUUAGAAGCCCCCCCUCCCGAGGUACGGAGCGACGAUUAGCCCCGGUGUGGCGCGGAACCGAGAACCGCGAGAAAGGGGAACCCCGGGCCGGCGCCAAAAGGAGCACAGAGGACAUGCCGGGGACCCAGUCAAAACCAACGUGCUUCCAGUGCGGCCAGGAGGGCCACUUUCGUCGGGACUGCCCCAAGAUGGACUGCACGUACGGACAGCCCAAACCCUGGAGAGGCCCACGGCAGGAGGGUAUGAAAUGGAUUUCCAGAAACAGAACCACCAUUUAUAACAUUGUACCCAUGGGAAAUAAGGUUCGAGCUAUGACGGCUCGAGUUAUGACGGUUCUCCAGGAACCAAUUAGGUUAAGCCAUGGUGGUCUCUUGCCAUACUUCCUAUCUUUCUUACACAGUAGAAUAGUGUACUUUUGUGCCCUUAAUGUCUCUUUUGGAAAAACUACCAACUCAAAACAAUUUCUCCCCCUUAAGAUCCUAUGGGAAACAAGUCUACCAGUCCCUGAGUUUGCUGAAGUCGACCUUCUUGAAAUCUAUUUGCGGUCAUUUGGUACUGAAGACCGUCCCACAGACAGACCUGCUCCCCCAAGAGAAGAGAUUUAUGAAUACAUAAUCUUCCGGGGAAGUGACAUCAAAGACAUCACUGUAUGUGAACCUCCUAAAGCUCAACAUGCUCUGCCUCAGGAUCCUGCCAUUGUCCAAUCUUCACUGGGCUCUGCCUCUGCAUCAUCCUUCCAGCCACAUGUGCCUUAUAGUCCAUUUAGAGGCAUGCCACCCUACAGCCAGCUUGCUGCCAGCUCUUUACUUAGCCAGCAGUAUGCAGCUUCUUUAGGUUUAGAGAAAUUGGUAAGCCCUCCAACAUCAGCAGCUGCUUCCAGCCCUAGUUCUUCUCCGUCUCCACAACCUGUUUCAGAGCCUGACAUGUCUUCUGAGCCUCAUCAGCUCUCUUCCAAGGGUAACAGCAGUUUGAGGACUCCAGAUAUUUGGAAGAACCUGCAUGGUGCUGGCUUCCCCUUGGUUCAUCAAAUACGCAAAAGCCCUAUGGUGGAACAGGCUGUUCAGACUGGUCCAGCUGAUAAUAUGAAUCAAAAAAAGUCACCUCCGGCAAAAGUAGUUUCUGGGAUCCAACGCAGUGGACUGCAGAUUCCACAGAGUAGCAAGGCAAAUGAUACAGUUCAGCCACCACCUGUGCAAACUCAGGGCCAGGUGAAUGAUGAAAACAGAAGACCUCAAAGGAGGAGAUCAGGAAACAGGAGAACCAGAAAUCGUUCUAGAGGACAAAAUAGACCAACCACUGUGAAGGAAAACACAAUAAAGUUUGAAGGUGACUUUGAUUUUGAAAGUGCAAAUGCACAGUUCAACAGAGAGGAACUUGAUAAAGAAUUCAAGAAGAAAUUGAACUUUAAAGAUGACAGAGCUGAGGCAGGGGAAGAAAAGAGUGAGCCUGGUGUAGCAACUCAGAAUGAUGGCAAUGCAGAUGAGGACCUCCUUGGACCCAAUUGCUAUUAUGAUAAAUCAAAGUCUUUCUUUGACAAUAUCUCUUCAGAACUGAAAUCCAGUUCCAGGCGUACAACAUGGGCUGAAGAAAGGAAGCUUAAUACGGAGACAUUUGGCGUGUCUGGCAGGUUUCUUCGUGGACGUAGCUUUCGAGGUGGAUUUCGAGGUGGUAGGGGUAGUGGAACAGCACAGCGAAACCAGACAGCUCACAGAGCUGGUACUGGAAGAGUGUAAUGGAGGCUCUAAAAUCUGACAUGAAGAUGGAAGAUUGUGUACAUAAGAUGAAAAUGAACUGCUGCACCAGUGUGUGAAUAAGAAUAAACCCUUGUUUACAGUCUGAAAUUCAAUGACAGAAGUUCAUGUACUCUGCUUUGUAUUUUGGGCUUCAGCUUCAUUUCAACCAGUGUCAGAACUGGAAUAUUUUUGGAAGAGGGAAUUCCAUUCAGGGUUAUCUUUGAAGUUUUUAUUUUUUUUAAGUGCAGGUUAACUUAAAAUGUGGUUCUUUCUGGGGCUCUAAAAGGUUGCUGUAGACAGAAUAAAGCAACUCCCUUUCUGUUCCCUGAAGAUCAUGCUAUUUUAACUUUCUUUAAAACAGAACAAAAGGUCACAAAGUAAACCGUCAGCUUGUUUGUUCUGAGCAACCAAAUGUAACCUUUGGUGCUGCUGAUGUCUCAUUUAAGGCAGCAUAACUUCAGUAGCAUGUGGUGACUUGAAAUACAGAUUUCCGCUGCUGAAGGGGUUGUGUAUAGUGUGACUUGAGAAUACUGGGUGGUGGCUGAUCAUGUGAUAGUGCAAAUAACUGUACAAAUAACUUUCAGAGGUACUGCAUGAUUCCAUGUGAUGGCACAAGAUCAGUCAGGGCUGUCUGAAGUCUGUAGUGCUCUGCGCUCCUUUGGAGAAAGGAGCCCAAAGCUUCUAACUAGCUGGGGUCUAUGUGGGAGUGCAUAUAUUCUCACUCAUUUAAAAUAGUGCUCUAGCAGCAAGUGAUUUCCUACAUGCACUGUUAAGUACUCUACAUGUUUGUGUAUGUGCUUUAAACUAAGCCAGAAUAAAGGUGGAGGAACAUCUCAUAGUAAAACGAGGAUGACUUGCUGCCCCCCAGUAGUACCUCAUUGUGUAAACAGUAUAUGCUGCAAACAGCUUUAUGGACAGUAUACAAUGUUGCUUUCCCUAAACCUAGGGAAGGAAGAGCCCAUAUAAUGAAGCUUAUUGGAUGGAUGUUUAAUUUGUCUUUAACCCCCCCAACUGUAAAUAGUUCUUGUUAAGAGGGGUGUGUGGGGCAGGAGUUAUAAACUUGUUUGCAUGAAUAAGUGGGUUACGCUCUUAGUUAUAGGCAUGCAUUCCUUUCACAGUUGGUGGGGAAUUUUGUUGAAAAAGCACUUUGAUAACUGAACCCAUUACAUAACCAGAAUUUUAGUUUGUGCAUUAAGUUACUGUAAGAACUUGGCUUUAUUUUUGUUAAUGUCAUUGCUAAAUAUUAGAACAGAGCAGCCCCAUUGCUAUGGAGUAAUGUAAACUGUAAUAAAUAUGUAUGUUUAACACUUUCCCAUUUUUGUUCCUGUAAAUGGCUAAUAAUUUGCAGCAGUUGUUGCCCAGCAGGUUAAUGGCUGGAACCUCUGGUUUGAAAUAAGCCAGACAUGAGUACAUAAUGAAGGGUGGGCUUGGUGUUAAUUGCAGCCAGAAGUUGGUAACUUUAUUUGUAUAAAACUAUGUAAUGGGUCUGUAAUUCUUCCACAGGUUAAUAUUUCAGGCCUUUCAUGUUAGAUGGCUGCUGCUUACUUCAGUGGCAAUGAAGACUUUGGCACUUGUCUUAUCCUUGGAAAGUCAGCUGGACUGUUUGUCUUGGAUAGGCAAUUAGAUGCUCCAGCGUCAUGUAUUGGAAACCAUUAGUUCAGGUGCUACAUACAACACUUCUCUCUGUACUAGCAAGGAGGACAACUGACUGGAUCAGAUUAGGGAUGUGAAUGGUUAACUGGAAAGCAUCAGUCUUAGCAGGUGAUCCUGAGUGCUUAGUUAACCAGCAUCCUACCCAGGCCUGUGGAGUGGGUGGGUGGCCACUCUAGCCUGGCCCAAGUGGCCCACUACACUGCCCCUCUUUCAUCAGUUAACUAGCUAAACAGGAUUUUAUAUCCAUAGCUCAAAUAUCCAUUAGUCAUGUUAAGACAGAGUGGAGAAACUGCUAUUUUUAUUAAGCCAAAACCUGACAAAUGAUAGCUGACCCCUUCAGGAUUCUUCAUGCAGCUACCUUGGAGCAAGAUUAUCACACCAGAUCAAAUCUCUCUAGUAAGAAGACUGAAGAAAUUGUUGCUUUCAUGUACUAUAAGGCUUGGUGAACAUCUGAUGUGCCCUGUAGUAAGCUAUGAAUGUUCUGGACUGGCUUAUGCUAAACUUAGCAAUAAACUCCAUAGUCUUGUAUAAGGACUGGCAUUAAUUACCUCUUAAGGUGAAAAAUUUAUGGUUGAACCCUUUACUGUUUGAUACAUCUGCUACUGUGUAUUUCAGCAUAUGGAUUAUUUUACUUAACGAGCCAGUUACUCUAAACAUUAAAACCUUCUGCUACCUGUACAAA